GUCUUUUCUGCCUCCAUAAGCUUACUGAUCUUGUUGCGCGGCUUCGAUGACUCGCUUGGCGUACACGGUCCUCUUCUUCGUAAAUGCCAUCGUGGCCACAGCCCUCCGAGCAUUUGGUGAUGGCUUCUUGAAGUACCUGUGGUCGUUUGAAACGUGCACGGACGAAGCCGCGAAUCCCCACUGCGUGGGGAACCAAGCGGUGUAUCGCGCCAGUUUCUCCAUGAGCUGCUUCUUCCUCCUCAUGGCGAUCGUGAGCGCGCUGUCGGACCGAGGGUUCAACAACUGCUGCUGCCUCUGGUGCUUUCAGCUCCCUCUCUACGGCGCCUUGUUUGUCGGGGCCUACGCCAUUUCCAACGAUUUCUUCUACGGCUACGCGUGGGUGGCCCGCGUCAUGUCCGUGUUGUUCCUCGUGCUUCAAAUCAUCAUCAUCGUCGACACAACAUACAACGUACGCGACUACUUGGUCGACAAGAUCGACAUGUCCGACGCGGACGAGCGCGUGUCGCUCCUAUCGUCGUCCGCGCCAUCCUCUUCUCGCUUCCCCACGUGGUUCUGGAAAAGCGCCUUCUUUGGCCUGGUUGCGCUGGCCCUAGGCGGCGCGCUGGCUGGCGUUGGCCUUUUGUAUUACUAUUAUGCCGUCUGCCAAGUUGGCCACGUGUUCACCACAAUCACAUUGGCGGCCAUCGUUGUAGUGACUGGCCUCAGCGUGACCGUCGAGGAUGGACCGGGGCUGCUACCGCCGUCGAUCCUGUCGCUGUACAUUGCAUUCUUGUGCUACGAAUCCGUGAGCGCCAACCCCAAUGCUGCGUGCAAUCCGUUUCUAACAUAUCAAGCCACGUCCACGGCCAACACUGUUGUCGCCUCGCUCAUCGGCGCCGCCACCAUCACAUGGACGAGCUGGUCCACGGCAUCGUCAUUGAUCCGCAUGGACGUUGACGACAAGGACGAUCAUGUCGUCGUCGAAGCUGUACUGCCCAUCACAUCGCAUGCUUGCUGGCUUCUAGAGCUCAAUGGGGCAUGUACAAUAGGGAAAGCAAAACGCAUCGGAUGGCUCGGACGUGCCUAGCUGGCAGUUUCACUUGAUCAUGGUCGUGGGAGCCAUGUACAUGGCCAUGGUGCUCUCGCAGUGGGACACGGCGUCGGGGUACGACCUCUCUCUGUCUGUCCAUAUCAACAUCAUCAUGCAGCUGCAAUCUCGUCCUAUCCACUAUCAACAUGGGGGUGUGUCUGUAGGCACGCGGAUGGCGCGGCGAUGUGGGUGCACAUCACGUCGCAAUGGGUGAGUAUUGCCGUCUACAUGUGGACCCUCGUGGCGCCGUAUCUCGUUCCCGACCGCGAGUUUCGUUGAGGGUUCCCUGGACUAGUAGUACAUACUAGUAGUAUACUAUUUAGUACAUUCUAGUUCAUAGUAGUUAUUCAAAUAAGCUAGUUUCAAAGGUACUUGUGCAGCACGAGCGCCAACCGGUCGACGGUGACUUGGUGGUUGACUUUGGCAGCGACGUUCAAGAUCGUGUCGACCUGGACGCCGCCUUGGUACACGAGAAAGAGCGGCACCUCGUCCAGCCGGAUGGUGGCGUCGGCGUCGUGCCGCUGGACCACGAGGAACUACAUCGCAAGUUGUUGCCAUGCACCAAGUAUGUGUUGGGGAAUAGGGAUUAAUCAUGUACCUGGGUUCGAGGGUGCUCGGGGCUUAGCUUGUGCAAGCAGUUGUUUACGGCCACGCACAAGUAAUUUUG